AUGGACCAUAGAGCAAACAUGUUUUUACCUCCACUGAAUACUUCUUCUGUUGGAUUGGAAACGGUGGAAGAGAGUACAGAUCGCCUCCAACGUCAGCGUCAGGCUCUGAACGGCGCCCUCUCGAUGAGUUCGCCUCCCCUACAUUCCUCUGUUGAUAGCAGCCUAGAGCGUCUUAAUGAAAGAAAAUCUCCCACCCGGGAUAUGGAAUCAAGUCAUACUUCAAAUUUAUUAGCUGUUCUUGAUUCCGACGGUGAACGAGCAAUCCUGUUUCCCCAAAGAUCAACGAAACCGAAUUCUCCUUCGUCACAAGUUGAUGUCAAGCUUGAACAAAAACGUCUAGAACAUGAAAGACAGCGGAUGGAACAGCGGAAACUGUUUGAGGAACAUAUGAAAAUUCUUGAGCUCCGACAGAUGAGAGAAGAACAAGACUUGUUAAAUCAACAUCAGUCAGGCACGGCCAAUAGUGCCCCAACAACCCCACCUGCUUCCUCGUAUGAUACUCGUGCUAGAGCUAACACUAUGCCGAGGCUAUCGUCUUCGGUUAACAGUUUUGUAUCGGUUCCUAAAGUUGUCGGUGUUCGCCCGGCCGACACUCCAUCAUAUAAUGGACAACGUAUAUCAUCACGUUCAGUGCCAACUUCGAGGCGGAAUUCCGAUGCACCCGAAAGAUUAACUUGGCCAAAUAUAGAAAAGUUAUCUUUGCAAGAUAGAGAUGAUCAGGAUACAGAUAGCAGAAAGGAAAUACUUCGUCCGUCUUUUGCAAGAUCAUUUAAUCGCAUUGAUGAAAUAGCUAGGAAUCAAACUUCUCCAACCGAUGUUUCCACAUUCCCCCAGUUUAAUGAUAAAUUUUUGUACGAUGACGAUAGUGAAACCGCAUCGACUUCGAAUCAGCGAACGUCUUCGUACGUGCACAAGUAUUUGCAAAUGAACACCAAUGAUGACAAGUUUCCGAUAUUGGUUCGUCGCGAUAGUCAUCCUGGAAUGCUAUCGGCAUCAUCAACUGCACUUGAUCUGGCAUCCCUAACUCCAACUUCGAGUGACCGAAAGUCGGACGGUGCAUCUUCAAAAUCUAUUCCGAGGCUCAUGAAUUCGUACUCUGCACCAAAUCUUCAAUCAACUGGUCGUUAUGCGCGUCGUUCGAGUGGAUAUCCUAGCAUGCCGGAUAUUCUGGAAGUUGAGAAUAACUCUGUGCCCAGUUUGAAUGAGAUGGGAUCAAAUAACGUGUGUCGUUUCUAUCAGCAAGGAUGGUGUGCCCGCGGAGACAGAUGUCAGUACGCGCACACUCACGGCUUUGGAGGAAUGACUCCCGUCAAUGUAAAUCUCGCACAAAUGGCCUUUCCAGGCGUUGUGCCAUCACUAAACACAGCCGCAUUCUAUGGUCAAUAUGGGAUGAAUCCGAUGGGGAUAAUUCCUGCGGCUGCGGCCGCAGCCGCAGCCGCAGCAUACAAUCAAAAUAUCGCCACGUUGAAUGCGGCCAUUAACGCCAACAAUGCGAGGAUUAUGCAACCAUCUACUGUCAGUAUGAAGAUGAAUCAAAAAAGAAUGAACAAUGAACUUGAAACAACGAACAAAUUUGCUGGUGUGGUUUUGGACGACUUGGUGGGAGAAAUUUAUUCUCUUUGCAAGGAUCAGCAUGGUUGCAGAUAUCUACAAAAAAAGCUGGAGGAGAAAAAUGAAAGAUACAUUAAUAUGAUUUUCAACGAAGUAUCCAAUCAUUUCGUUGAGUUGAUGACAGAUCCAUUUGGUAACUAUCUUUGUCAGAAGCUAUUGGAAUGCUGCAGUGACGAACAACGCACUAUAAUUGUUAAAACCGUUGCACCAGAGCUAGUUAAUAUUUCUUUGAAUAUGCACGGCACUCGUGCAGUUCAGAAGAUGAUCGAAUUCUUAAAUACACCGCAGCAGAUUGAAAUGGUGAUUAUGGCAUUAAAUCUAAACGUUGUCCCGUUGAUCAAAGAUCUUAACGGUAAUCACGUGAUUCAAAAGUGUUUGAAUCGGCUGAGUCCAGAAGACAACCAAUUUAUUUACAAUGCAGUUAGCAAACACUGCGUUGAAGUGUCCACACAUCGGCAUGGAUGCUGCGUCUUACAGCGAUGUAUCGAUCACGCUAGUGAGUCUCAGAAAAUGCAGCUUGUUACAGAAAUAACAUACCACGCACUUAACUUGGUGCAAGAUCCGUUUGGCAAUUACGUCGUUCAAUAUGUUCUGGAUUUAAAAGACAAUCGGUUCACAGACGCAUUAAUUAGACGUUUUGUUGGAAAUGUGUGUUUGCUAUCAGUGCAAAAGUUCAGUUCAAACGUGAUGGAAAAGUGUAUUAGAGUCGCACAACCGGAGACGCGAAGACUUCUUGUGGAAGAGAUGCUUAACAAAAGCCGUCUUGAGAAACUUUUGAAAGAUUGCUAUGCCAAUUAUGUUGUGCAGACAUCUUUGGAUUACGCAGACCCCGCACAACGUGCUGAACUGGUGGAUUGCAUUCGCCCGUUGUUACCCGCCGUUCGUAAUACGCCUUAUGGUAAACGCAUUCAAGGAAAACUGCAUCGGGAUCAACAAAUGCAAGCUAUGAAUUCUAUCAAUAUGAACAAUAUGCUCGGUUUCCCAUUUAAUGGGCUGAGUCAGUUCGGAAAUAUGGGCGUCAUUGGGUUGAAUGAAUUUACACAGAAUUAUCACCCUUACAUGUAA